AGAUCAUACUGUAAAUUCCCAGUGGACAUCUACAUGUACAUCAUCAUCAUCAUCACUGCAACAAAAGAAAAAAGGAAUGAAGCAAUCAUGUCAGUAUUUAAUGAAACCUGAAAAUCAAAACCUCAUGUCUGAAGAAAUUACCCAUUCUGAAACCAAUCCUUUUGUGCAUUCAAAUCCAGUUGGAAAAGUGUUGUCAUCUCCUUCAUUGAAUACAAAAUCUCACCAAAAUGCUGAAGCAAGUUUUAAUAUUUAUGGAUAUCAACCAUAUGCUCAUACAUACAUUACACCUGCACAGUUAAAAGCAAGAGAAGAAAAUCAAAACCAAGGAUCUGAUUUAUCAGCUUCAAGGUUAUAUGGAAUGCCAGCAACUUCACAACAACCAUUUUCUUCUUGUGAAAUGAAUAGAUCAGUUAAUCCGAAUCCUACUCCUUAUGCAGCAAAGCAACUUUCACCAUUAAAUAAUAACCAAAAGACACAUGACCAAUUUUCAUCAUUAAAUACUAAUCAAAAAAGCCAUCUUUCAAAUGAAAAAGUGCAAUCUUUACAGAAUACAAAUGUUUCAGGAUAUUGUGUAACAGGAACAGCAUCAUCUAAGUCAUAUGAUUCCUCAUAUAACAUUGUACAAGAGCAUCUUUAUCAUGCUUCAGAAAAUAUAGAAUCUGGAAAUAAUACUGAUUUGAGUUUAUCAAAAAUAAUGCCAUCAAAUUUAAAUUUGGUAUCCUCAGGAACUGAAUCUACUAAUGUCAUUUCACAUAAUGUUACUACACAUUCUUCUCAAGUGACAAGAUCAAAUCUUAUAUCUACAUUAUCUAUUUCAAAAAGUAAUGAAAUAAUAAAUAAUCCAGUAUCUGCUCCCAUGACAAUAUUAAGUGGAACAAAUAUAACAAAUCAAACUAUUGAUUCCAAAGAAAGUAGUACAUUAUUUCAAUAUCUAAGUUCUUUGAAAUCAUUUGAUAAGGAUAAUCAUGAUAAUAUGAAAGAUUCUGUAGAAAUAAAAAUUACAAAUAAAUCAAAUGAUAACUUAUCAGUAAACAGUUCUGAUCAGAUGUCAAAUAAAAAUUUUAAUUCUACGCCUUGCAUAAGUAUUAUUCCAUUAAAUACUAAUGAAAAUCAAAUGAAACGCAAAUUAAAUAAUGAAGAUGAGAGUCAAAAGAGGCCAAAAGCAGAAUCACCAAGUAUAUCAUUAACGAUUUCAGAAUCUUGCAAAUGUGCUAAAGUUUCUUCAAAUUCCAUUAUGUUAAACACUAAAAACAGUGAAGCAGCAUUUACCAUUUCUGAAAUCUCACAAAAACAGAAAGAAGUGACAACACAAUCAAAUACUUUAUCAAGUAAUAAUUUACAUUCAGGAUUUUUAGAUUCUUUUAGGUCAUUUGUAAAUUCUACACAGAAUCAAGAUAAAAAAUUACCAAUAGUAACAAAUAAAAAGAAACGAAAAAAAGCAGUUCAAAAUUCCAACUUUACAAGUGAAGAAAGCCUAUCUUCAUCAUCAAUCAUAAGCACAUCAUCAUCAAAUUCUUCUAAAAUAAAGAAAAAGGGGAAAUGUGCUCAAACUAAUAAAGAAAAGCAGGAUUCUUCUGAUGAUGCACGUUGUACCCCAAGUCCCACACCUAGUAAUAGCAGUCAGUAUAGUGGCAGUAGUUGUAGUAAUGAUGGAGGUGGUGGUGAUCACAAAAAAGUGAAAAAAACUUGGUUACAGAGACAUUCAGAGCAUAAAGAUAAUAAAAAUGCUUCAGAUGAUACAAAAGAAUCUGUUUUGCCCAAACGUUUACCAGUGAGAAAAUCUAGAAAUAAGAAUUCUGAGAAUAUUUCAAAUCAGAAUGAUAAUAAUAAAAGCCAAGAUUCAGAAAGUUCUGAUAAUGAAAAAUCAAGUAGUCAAUCUGAUCCAGAAGCUUCGUCAAAUACUAAAAAAACAGGUUAUCGAAAAACCCAACGAUCUAGGAAUAUUGGAUCAAAUAUUGAUAAAUAUAAACAAUUUGAUAGGCAAUUGGAUAGUAUGGAAGAAGCAUCAAGUAGUGAAGAAGAAACAAAAGACAAAACAGAUUUUCCUUAUGGUGGAACUGCUCGCAAAAAAAGAGGACGACGUUGUGGAAGACCUGCAAAAGGUGAAUUACACAAACUGAAUUCACAGCAUUUUGAUAAACGCACACAUGCUCAUUAUAAACGAACUGGUGAUCCAUUUCUUCAAGAUGGACCUUGUUUAGAAAUCGCUCCAAAGUUGCCUAAAUGCAGAGAGUGUCGUAUUAGAGCUCAGCAUCGCACAAAAAUGAACAACAUAUUUUGUAGGUUCUUUGCAUUUAGGAAAUUAUAUUAUGGAAAAAAUGGUUCUAUUUCUAUUGCUGGAUUUUCACAACCCUCAGAUGCUACACAAGCUGACUUGAAAUUAUGGUUGCCUCCAGUAGACAAUCCUCCAGCAAAUUUGGAUGUGGAGACAUCUAGUUUUCUUUUGACACAUGUUGGUGAUCAGUUUUGUGAUCUUGUACAGCAAGAAAAAGAAGCCAGGUUGCAGAAUAUGGCAGAAGACAAAACAGAUAGUUGGAAGAGAGUUGUUCAAGGUGUGAGAGAGAUGUGUGAUGUUUGUGAAACAACUCUGUUUAAUUUUCAUUGGGUGUGCCAUAAAUGUGGUUUUGUUGUUUGCCUUGAUUGUUAUAAAGCAAGGAAAAAUGGUACUGCCAAAGAAGAGGAACCACUUCAAAGAAACCAUGAUGAAUAUCAAUGGUUAUACUGCAGUAAUCACCAACCACAUGAACAGGAUAAGCUUAUGAUGACAAAUAUUAUUGCCAGUUCUGCAUUAUGGGACGUUUCAAAAAUAAUGCAUGACAUUAAAAAGAAGUGGAAUAUUCAGGCUCAUUGUACAUGCUCACUUUCAAAUGAUGAACCUAAAGAAAAACCUGUAUUCAAUGGUAUCUGUAAGCAAUUAAUGAGUGCUGUAAGUAAAACAUUUGAUACCAGAAAAGAAUCUACUAAUACAAGUGAUUCACAAGCAUUGAAGAAACAUGAAAAAGUUUCUGUGAACAAACUAUGUCAAGGUCUGAAACAAGAAAAUUUAGGAAUGUAUAAUGAAGUCGAAAGUUCACCCUUAACAUGGCUUGCAGAUGUUGCACUUAAUUCUUCAGGAAAAAUACAAGAUAAUCAAGCUAAUAAAUAUUCACAAGACAAUCCUAAAGAAACUGUUUCAUUGCAAACUUGCACAGGAGAAAGUCUCUUAAAAUUAGAAGAUAAAAAUAAAUAUAAUUUUUCUAGUCUUUGCCAACUGAUAAAAUCUGAUAAAAAGAAUAAUAGUAAUAAACCGGAGAAAGGUUUAGUAAAUUCACUUGAUGACAUAAUUUUAUAUGUCAUAGAACAGAAAAUGGGGAAGUCUGAAGGAAGUAAUGAAGAAAAAUUAUUAAAACAUUUUUCACGUCGUUAUCCUCAGCCAAGGAAUGGUCAUGAACCAUUACCAAUUCGUAUAUGUACGCUAACUGAAAGUAGAUUAUUGUUUCCUAGUGUUCCUCAUUCAUGGUUGUGUAAUGGUAAAUUGCUUCUUCUUGAAGAUCCGAAUCAUGUAAAUAAUUUAAAAAUCUUUCAAGAACAAUGGAAAAGAGGCCAACCUGUUUUAGUUGCUGGUGUAAGUUCAAAGUUAGAUAUGUCAUUAUGGCAUCCUGAUUGUUUCUGUCGUGAUUUUGGUGAUAUCAAAAAUGAUUUGGUGAAUUGUAAAACUGGAAUAGUAUUACCAGAUUUGCCAAUGAGGAAGUUUUGGGAAGGUUUUGAAAAUUUUCGCAAAAGGAUGACUGAUGAAGAUGGUGAAUAUAUGUUGUUAAAAUUAAAGGACUGGCCACCAGGAGAAGAUUUUAGUGAAAUGCUUCCUUCACGUUUUCAAGAUUUAAUGAAAGUUUUACCUUUACCUCAGUAUACACAUAGAGAUGGUGUUUUUAAUCUAGCAGGACGUUUACCAGAAUGUUUUGUUAGACCAGAUCUUGGACCAAAAAUGUAUAAUGCUUAUGGUUCUGCUUUAUAUCCAACCAAAGGAACAACUAAUUUGCAUCUUGAUAUAAGUGAUGCUGUAAAUGUUAUGGUAUAUGUUGGUAUUCCAAAUGAUGGAAAGGAUGAGGUCCACAUUCAAGAGGCAUUAAAGGCAAUAGAUGAAGGGGGGUGUGAUUCCUUAAUGAGAAAGAGAGUUCGAGAAAAAAAUGUCAAACCUGGUGCCCUGUGGCACAUCUUUAAUGCAAGAGAUGCAGAUAAAAUAAGAGAUCUUUUGAAUAAGGUAGCAAUGGAACGAGGUGAAAGAUUAGAACCUCAUCAUGAUCCUAUUCAUGAUCAGAGUUGGUAUUUGGAUGAAGAAUUGAGAGAUCGCCUUUAUAAAGAAUAUGGAGUUGAAGGCUAUGCAAUUGGUCAAUGUCUUGGAGAUGCUGUAUUCAUUCCUGCAGGUGCACCUCAUCAAGUUAGAAAUCUACAUAGUUGCAUAAAAGUUGCAGAAGAUUUUGUCUCUCCAGAAAAUGUUGCUCAUUGUUUUACAUUGACACAAGAAUUUAGGCAAUUAUCUGACACUCAUACAAAUCAUGAGGAUAAAUUACAGAUCAAAAAUAUAAUAUAUCAUACAGUAAAGGAUGCCUUAGCUUUACUUCAGACAAAAUCACCUGGAGAUACACAAAUUAUGUAAAAACUGAUGAACUGCAUAAUUUUAAUUAUUUUCAAUUGCCAUUUCUUGGCAGAAUAACUAGUCGUUCAUCACUUUCAGAAACUGCCAUUAGAUAAUUAAAAGAUGUUCAUUAUUUUCUAAUUUAUAUAAACACACAUUCAAAUAGAAUUUUAAUAGAGAAUAUAUAUAUAUAUAUAUAUAUAUAUA